AUGAAUAGCGUCUCUCGCUGGAUCGCUCUAACAUACUCGACGUUAGUGCUCACAGCGACACUGGUGAGAGCUGAAACUCACGUCUUCAACUGGACCACAGGAUGGGGAACUUACAACGUGGACGGCACCAAGGAACGUCCUGUGAUCACCUGUAAUGGAGAGUGGCCCUGGCCAGACGUCACGGUCAACAAGGGCGACCGUGUGGAAGUGUAUCUCAACAACGGGUUCGACGACCGUAACACGUCGCUGCAUUUCCACGGGCUGUUCCAAAACGGCACCAACCAGAUGGACGGGCCCAACAUGGUGGUGCAGUGUCCCAUCGGGCCUGGCGACACGUUCCUGUACAACUUCACGGUCGAGGACAACGUCGGGACGUACUGGUACCACUCGCACACGGCAGGCCAGUACCAGGACGGCAUGCGUGGCACGUUCGUGGUGCAGGACAAGGACGACUUCCCCUACGACUACGACGAAGACGUGGUGUUGCAGCUGGGCGAGUGGUACCACGACGUCACCGACGUGCUCCACCACCAGUUCCUCAGCGUGUACAACCCAACCGGUGCAGAACCCAUCCCCCAGAACCUGAUCAUGAACAACACCCGCAACAACACCUGGCACGUCCAGCCCGACACCACGUAUCUGCUGCGACUCGUCAACACGGGCGGGUUUGUCUCGCAGUACUUCUGGAUCGAGGACCACGAAAUGGAAGUGGUCGAGGUCGACGGUGUGUACACGGACCGCAACACCACCAACAUGAUCUACAUCACCACCGCGCAGCGCUACUCCGUCCUCGUGCACACCAAAAACUCCACGGACCGCAACUACGCCGUCAUGCAAAAGUUCGACGACACCAUGCUCGACAAACUGCCCGCGGACCUCCAGCUCAACACCACCAACUACAUGGUCUACAACGCCGACGCAGAACUGCCCGACGAAGACGUGGUCGACGAGCUCGACUUCCUCGACGACUUCUACCUCGUCCCCUACAACAAGGUCGAGGCCCUGGGCGACCCAGACUACCGCAUUACCGUCAACGUCAGCAUGGACAACCUCAUCAACGGUAUCAACUACGCCUUCUUCAACAACUUGACCUACGUCGUCCCCAAGGUGCCCACGCUCAUGACCGCGUUGUCUGCCGGCGAGGACGCCGUCAACGCCGAAGUUUACGGCUCCAACACCCACUCCUACGUCCUAGGCAAAGACGAGAUCGUCGAGAUCGUCCUCAACAACCUCGACUCCGGUACCCAUCCGUUCCACUUGCACGGCCACGUUUUCCAAACAAUGGUGCGUGAUGUGGCCUACGACGCCGACACCGACGUCCCCCACCCUUACCAAGAAGACGACCAUCCUGCGUUCCCAGAGUACCCCAUGCUCAGAGACACCAUCUACGUCAGACCCCAGUCCAACUUUGUUAUCCGUUUCAAAGCCGACAACCCGGGCGUGUGGUUCUUCCACUGUCACAUCGAGUGGCACUUGACCCAGGGUCUUGCCUUCGUCUUGAUCGAAGACCCCCAGGGGAUCCAAGAACGCUCUUCCCAGCAGCUCACCGAGAGCAGCAUCAACGCGUGUAAAAGCCUGGGCGUCCCCUUCGAGGGUAAUGCCGCAGGCAACACCGACGACUACAUGAACCUCAAGGGCGAAAACGUGCAAGAGAAAUUCAUCCCAUCCGGCUUCACUGCCAAGGGUAUCGUGGCCAUGACCUUCUCGUGUCUGGCGGCAGUGUUGGGUCUCGUUGCCAUUGCCGUUUACGGGCUCAUGGACCUGUCCAACAUUGAGGAAAAGGUUAUUAACGAGCUGGACCUCGACGUCGACCAAGUGGUUGCCGCAGACUCCAACACGGAAGACAACGAGUCAGAGCCCAAACGCAGGAUCAAUUCCGAUUAA